AUGGACGAAGUCAUGCCAGCUGCUGAAUCACAAGGGGACAGAAAUAUCCAGCCAAAGGCAGAGCCGAUCUUGGUGACUCCUGGAACAGAGGUUACAAUCCAGUGCAGCCUUCCAUAUUGGCUGAAUACGUCUUCAACGGAGGUGCCGUGGUACAAGGAAGAACUGAACCGAAGCCUGCACAGGAUAUAUCAGAGUUCUUUAUUUUCGAAGCCACAAGGAAAAUACUCAAGUCCAUCCAAAGCUCCACCGUAUGGUUCUCUGACCAUCAGCAAUGUGCAAAGAAAUGAUUCUGGGGUGUACUAUUGCACCACCCCUCCCUACAGAUCUUUUGCAAGCCUUCAAAGGACCAGGCUGAUUGUUACAAAUACUUCUGGGCCAACCUUCUCCAUCCUGGCUCCUCCCACCUUGCCGAAAGAUCAAGUUAACCACACUGUCCCUCUACUCUGCCUCAUCUUUGACGCAGACCCCACUUGGGAAAAUGUCUCCUGGGAUAUUGAUGGGGAAACAUCUCAGGCCCCGAAGCAUGUUGACAUGAUAGACGCGAAUGGAGUCUUCAGCAUCUGGAGCUUAAAGCUGGUUCCUCCCAAGUCAUGGACCCAGGGGGCAACUGAUAGAUGCUCGGUCCAACCCAAUGGACGCUUCAGUGCUGCAGCUUCUGCAAAUACAGGAAGCUGCAAUCCCGUGUUACACUUUGGAGUGCCCUGUGUUGUCAUCCUCUUAGUCAUUCUGUCCUUGAUCCUUCGCUUCAGAAAACAUCUCACCAGAGGGAAAGUGAAACAACCAGCAAGUCCAGUACACACGAGGGAGAUCCCGCAGGUGAAUUAUGCAGACUUGCGUUACAACAGCCCAAAUGUGGUUGAAACAGACUGACACUAGGAAAAGUGGACUGUUUUCUGAAGAAGAGAAAGGAGAAACAGAAAUGAAAACUGAAAAACUCCAGCUAGAUCUAUCUGAGGAAGUGUGUGCGAGACCUUGAAUAAAACUUUGUUGGUCUG